AUGUUUGUUCGAUACAGCGUCGACCUUCCCCAAAUCAUCGUAUGUGGGAGUCAAUCCUCAGGGAAAAGCUCUACGCUAGAGUCGCUCUCAGGUAUCGCCUUUCCUACGGCUGAGGGUCUCUGUACCCGCUUCGCCACUGAGCUUAUCCUUCGAAGAGGUGAAAAAUCCGAGCUCAAAGUUCAGAUUCAACCUUCUGCAAAAAGAAGUGAAGAAGAACGAAUCAGGCUGCUGAAGUUUUGCGAAAAGCAAAGUGAUCAAAAAAGUUUCCCCAAGAUUAUUGAAGCUGCUAAAUCCGAACUGGGGCUCUCUGGGACCGGGCCUGAUGCUAAAAACUACUGUACUGAUGUUUUGCGAAUUGAAAGCAUCUCCCCAAGUGCUCCCAACUUGACACUAGUUGAUUUGCCAGGCCUGUUUGGUGCUUCUGACAAAGACCAGUAAGGAUAGACAAUUCCUGCGUUGAGCAAAUUUCCCCACAGGUGACUCACAACCUGGUAUCUCAGAUCUGACGACGAUGCGGCUUUGGUUGAAGACCUAGUAGUGGGAUACAUGAAGCAAAGUCGUAGUAUCAUACUGGCCGUUAUUUCCGCAGAUAACAAUUUCGCAAACCAACCAGUCACAAAAUUUGCGCGAAAAAUCGAUCCUCUUGGAAGAACACUUGGAUUGAUUACGAAACCAGACAAGAUUGAGAGGCUCGGAGAGCGAGAGAUACUAUGGUAUGUAUCUAAUACAAUACAGUGUAUCAUUACUUUUCAACUUACUCAACAAAUUACAUCGCUAUGAACUGCUAUCGACGAUCAACCACAAUUUGAUAUGCUGACAUUUACUCUAGUGGACAUGGCCUGCAAUGGGAAUGUCAAACUGUAUCUGGGAUGGCAUGUCCUUCUCAACAAAACUCAAUCUACAGCAAAGCUUACGGUCGAGCAGCAGGGAGAAAGAGAAGAGACCUUUUUCUCAAACUCUGGUUGGAAAGAUGCCCUUGAUUCAUCACAGCUCGGCGCAACUGCGUUGAAAGACAGACUACGUGAUGCACUGUGGAAGCACAUCAACGAGGGACUCCCAAGUGUCAAAUAUGAUGUUCAAGCAGGCAUCAAGGACUGCACAAGCAAACUAAAGCAGCUUGGAAAGUCACGCAGCAUUCGAAAAGAGAAGCAUACAUAUCUACAUCAGAUCAGCGGCAAGCUGUCUAAAAUGAUCCAGGCGGCAAUUGAUGGCGUUUACGCAGAUCCUUUCUUUGCACCAUUUCCUGGACAGGAAGACGCAUUCGAUCGACGCCUUCGCGCCAAAGUCCAACUCAUCCUGACUGCCUACGCAAAAGAUAUGUCUACUUAUGGUCACGCUCUAGAAAUUGUAGAAGACGAUGAAGAGCCAACGCGAAAAACAAAUUUUAUUCUGAGGACCCCUUAUCUAAAAAAAGUCGAGACCAGUAUGAUCGAAUGCAGAGGGCGUGAACUGCCAGGUACAUUCAAUCCCAUGGUAGUUGGAGAUUCGUUCAGCCAAUGCAAACCUUGGGUGAAAUCACCCAAAACCUGGCUGAGAAGGUACAUGAAGCUGCAGCAACAACGUUCAACAAAAUGUUAG